AUGGAGAGCAUAUCGUCUGCAAUGUGCAUUUACUCCGCGGACAUCAAAAGUACGGCGACUACAUUGUUAUCACGUUAUUUAGCACGCGUAUAUUCGGACCUUAACUUUGGCGUAUUGGAUGUUGACAUUUGUGGGCCUUCACAGCCACGAUUGCUUGGUGUUGAGGGCGAAAAUGUACAUCAAUCUGGUUCUGGUUGGUCGCCGGUUGGCGUGGAUGACAACUUAUGUUUGAUGGCUAUAGGAUUUCUUCUUGGCUCACCUGAUGAUGCAAUUAUUUGGCGUGGUCCGAAGAAGAAUGGCAUGAUUAGGCAAUUUUUAAGUGAAGUAGAUUGGGGACAACUGGACUUGCUCAUAUUAGAUACUCCUCCAGGUACAUCAGAUGAACACUUGUCAAUAGUAUCAUAUUUGCGUGAUGACAGCGCACCGAAAGCGGUGUAUGCAUUGAUUGUGACAACUCCUCAAGAGGUCUCGUUGUUAGACGUGCGAAAGGAAAUCAAUUUUUGUAAGAAGCAGCGUAUACCAAUAUUGGGCGUAGUACAGAAUAUGAGUGCGUUCCGAUGUGGGCAUUGUGGACAAACCUCAGAAAUAUUCCCGGCAAAGACAGGUGGAGCAGCGGUAAUGUGUGCCGAAAUGGAGGUGCCAUACUUAGGCGCAUUGCCGCUAGAUCCACAGGUGACAAAGGCGUGUGAUACCGGCGAAGAUAUAACAGACAUAAAAAAUUCAACGAUCGAGGCGCUAGCUAACAUUUGUCAAAAGAUCGUUAUGGGGCUGGACAGCGCGUGAGUGAGACUUCUGAUAACGUUGUUUUAAAAAAUCAUGCUUAAAUUUGGUUAUAUUUAUUAUUUUUGCUUUUAAACCAAAAUGAAUAAAAUAUAUGCAUACGUAAAUUAGUCACCGUUACAAAUUCUUAUAAUCA